AGCAUACGCCUACGCGGUCUGCACAGUGCAUACUGUACAGACAGACGCGUACAGCUGUUGAUGUUAGUCGUCUCGUUGCCGUUGACUGUAGCUGAUCUGCCGUUAUUUUGUCCGGACUUCCCCUCGAAAACAAUAGCGCAUUUGCCGACUUUCGUUAACAACACGAUUAUUGUACACCGCUACAGGUAAGUCGAUUUUGUUUCAAUUUACCCGCAUAUACUGAUAUUCUACAUAAUAUAUGUGUAAUACAACACGCUUACGGGAUUCGCCCGGCAAUCGGUUUUUCCCAGUGUCAAAUCUAGGGCAGUGUGCUACUUAUCCACGGCAGUCCCAUGAUCUACGCGCACGACGUAGAACUGUCGUUGAACCACGUUAACGAGCGGAUCGAUCGAGUUAUUUAUCCUCUUGCUUUGAUUUUUUUUGUUUUUUAUUUUUAUCUAGCUUUGUUUUGUUCCGUAGUGUACUUUUGUACUCAGGAUUUGUUGUGACGCCCUGAAUAGUGAGUUGAUCGCCGUAUCCUGGUGUGGAUACUGAUUGUAUUCACGUUAAACAUCCAAGAUGAUAUGGUUUGUGAUUCUGCCAGCCAUACUUGCUGCUAAUACUAACGGUUCGAUUUUCAAUGAGUUUAUUGAUUUUGAAGAGAUUUCAGAUAUUUUUGGUUUAUCAAACUGUGUUGAAGGCUAUCUGAUGGCCGGUGCAAUAGUUUUGAAUUCUGAUAGAAAUUCAUACUCCCAGUCAAAUGUAUCAUUACAAAAUGAAUACUCAUCAAACAAUGCUUCUGUUGAUAAAGAUAAAACUCCUAUGUGCUUAGUAAAUGAAUUGGCACGAUUUAAUAAGAUAAAACAUCAAUAUAAAUUAACUAAUGAACAAGGCCCACCACACAAAAAGAAAUUUACUGUUACCUUACAAUUAGGAAAUGAAGAAUAUAAUGCAGAUGCUAUGAGCAUAAAGAAAGCACAACAUGCUGCAGCUGCUUUAGCAUUGACAAAAACCAAUUAUAAACAACCUCAAACCAAAAUGAAAUUAAAAGCUUCUGAUAAUAUUACACCGACGGUUGAGCUUAAUGCUUUAGCAAUGAAACGUGGUGAAGUAACAGUUUAUACUGUUAUAGAAACACCUCAAUAUUUGGCAACAUCCCAAACCCCAAGUACAAUGUAUAAUGGUUAUAGACCAGAAAUGUACUCUCAUGCAAGAACGGCGGGACCAUAUAAUAACUACAAUAACAUUGUUACUAGAGGUGGUCCACGAUGUUUGCCAUAUGUUCCAAAUUUUUAUAACCCACGUUUUACAGUUUCUCAGGUUCCACCAACUAAUAAUUAUAUUAAACCUGAAGUAAAACCUGUAGGAAUUUAUAAGGUCAAACUCAAAAUUGGUAAACAUGAAUUUAUUGGGCAAGGUAAUACUAAUCAAGCCGCAAGACAUGAUGCAGCGUUAAAAGCUUUAAUGCAAAUAAAAAACGAAGAAAAGAAUGAAAAUAUAAAAGAAGUUUUAAAAUCUGGUGAUUCUAAAUCGGUAAUUUCACAAGUCUAUGAAGUAGCUCUAAAAAUGAAGUUACCUAUCAAAUUUGAAGUUUUGAAAGAAGAAGGACUACCUCACAUGAAAACAUAUAUUACUAAAUGCACUGUAGGCACAUUCAAUGCUACUGGUGAAGGCAAUGGAAAAAAGCUUUCAAAGCGCCGUGCAGCAGAAACAAUGCUACAAACUUUAAAAGAAGCUAAUGAGUCUCUUUUAGAAGAUGAAAAUAGUUCUCCAACAUUGCCAUUGCCACCAAAAAAUCGUUAUAAAAUGCCCAGAAGGAAAAAUAAGAAUCUUAUCAAGGAAACAAAACCAAAUUCAGAGAAUAUUGAACCUAUGGAUGGUUCUUAUCGAACUGAGGAUACUGAUCCGGUGGCAAAAUUAUUUAAAAUACAGGCAUCUAAAAAAGAAAAAGAACCUUUAUAUGUUCUUAAAGAUGACAUUAUACACUCCAAUCGAAAAAAAGAAUUUAUAUUUGAAGUUUCAAUUGGACAAAAUUCAGCAUUGGGUAAAGGACCAAAUAAAAAGGAUGCUAAACGCAAUGCAGCUGAAAAACUAUUGAUAGAAAUGGGUUAUGAAAGUGAACUUAAAAGACGUACCAUUAAAAAUAAUGAUUUGCCUUUGGCGAGUCAUGAGAACAAAGCAAAUAUUGAUAGUCCACGGAAAAGUGGGAGACAAAUUGCUCCUGGUGUCUUACUUGUUUCACCUGAAACAUCAAUAGCCAAUAAACCUAGUCAAGGAAAUUAUGGUGUUCCUUUAGUAACAGUUGCUAGUAACAUGGCUAGUGACUUCUCAGUUAAGAAUUAUCAUCCGACUAAACAGCUGGAUUAUUAUUCACAAUUGUUAGGCUUCAAAGUGCAGUAUUCUGAUUUCCCAAAGGGGAAUCACAAAGAUUACCUGACAUUGGUGUCAUUAUCAACAAUGCCUCCCCAGAUAUGUCAAGGAUCUGGUUCUACUUCAGAACAGUCACGUAAUGCUGCUGCUUUAAAUGCUAUCAGUUCAUUAGUAAAUCUUAAUAUUCCAUCAGAUCAAGAAACACAAGGUCCUGUAAAUGGAUUUUCUAUUCAACAAAACCAUUUUAAUAAUAAUCCUAUAACCAGGCUAAGUUAAUAAUUGUUUUCUUAAAUACUUUUAUUAUGUUUAUUUGUUUAUUUAACUGGUAAAAACGUAGCUUACUUUAAGUUUGUUAUAUUUGUUUAAAAAGGUAUUAGUUUUAGUUGAUAUUUUCUAU